AUGCAUAUUAACGCAGAUGAUUCAUCCAAACACUCAAAAAAUAGACGCCAGUCUAGUACACUCUCUUAUAGCAUUCCUUCCCGGGUACACACGAUGCACCUGCCACACAAAAAUUCAAAGAAGAACCAGUUUGACAUCCCUAAUGGAGGCUACGGGUGGGUUAUAGUUCUUGCGAUUUUCCUCAUCAACGUUAGCACGUGGGGCGCUAAUUCGGGGUUCGCCAUCUAUCUCGCGUUCUACCUUCGAACGGAGCUCUUCACUGACUCUGCCGAGCUAUACGCUCUCAUCGGAGGACUUGCAAUCGGCUCCGGGGUUACUUUCUCGCCCGUAUUUACCUACUUGACGGGAAAAAUCGGCAUCAGACCCGUAAUGAUCAUCGGGGCCUUCCUCCAGCUUGGGUCUAACUUGAUGGCGAGCUGGUCAGUGCAUCUCUGGCAAAUCUUUCUCACCCAGGGCUUGCUCGCGGGGUUUGGCAUGGCGAUGUUAGCAAUGCCCGCGAUGGCACUCCUUCCGCAGUGGUUCAAGAAGAAACGCACACUCGCCGGUGGUCUCGCUGCUUCCGGCUCCGGUGCCGGCGGCAUUAUGUAUAAUCUAUCCAUGUCCCAAAUCAUGCAGAAAUACACGUACAAAUGGGCCUUGCGGACCCAGGGAAUCAUGUGUUUUUCCACAGUUUGCGUAGCCAUUUCCUUGAUCAGAGUGCGCAGCACCGUCACCGGCAAGGGAAAAUUCCAGAUUUUCGAUGCCUCCGCCUUGAGCUGUUUUGGUUUCUGGAUGUCUGUCCUUUGGGUCACCUUCACCAUGUUUGGCUACGUGGUUAUCAAGUACACGUUGGCCGAUUUCACUCACUCGCUUGGCUUCACCUCGAGUCAGGGCUCUGUUGUCUCUGCCAUGACUUCGGCCGGAGGUUUCUUCAUUCGCCCGGUUAUUGGGAUCAUCGCUGACAAGUACGGUGUCGUUACCGUCAACAUUAUUGUACACAUUCUCACUGGUAUUUUCGCACUUGCGAUGUGGAUCCCGUGCCGUAAUUACGGCACUGCAAUCGCUUUUGCGUUCAUCGAAGGUGGGAUUAUGGGUUCCAUCUACACAUCCUGCGCUACAGUCCUCGCACGUAUUUCUGGGUUAAAGAUCUUUCCAGUAUUUUUUGGAAUGGUUUGGUUUUUCUUGGGGAUUGCCUCGAUUGUCUCGCCAGUGAUCGGAAUGUCCUUGAAAACUGACCCGCCCGCUGGAAUGGUAUCCGACCCUACACAGUACCGUUCCGUGUCCAUCUUUGUCGGUUGUUGCUACUUUGGAGCAGCUUUGAGUUUGUGGACCUUGAGGGCGUGGCUUGUAGCGAGGGAUGAGUUGACCGAAGAAGGGGCUUGUAAAGGUCAUACUCAGGAAAAGUCUAUUCUUGCCUAA